AAGUGAAGGCUGAAAAAGGCUGAGCUCAGCAGGCUAGUGGGAUAUAUAUAUGAUUCACUGUGGGCCUAGAUACCUUCUGAUCUCUUAAAACCAUGAGACUGCUCUAUGUUCUGCUGCUUAUCGGAGCUGCUGUGGCAGUUCCCCACAAUGAUGGAAGGAUCAUCGGUGGGCAGGAGUGUGAGCCACACUCUCGUCCUUACAUGGCGUCCCUUAACUAUGGGUACCACUUCUGUGGAGGAGUGCUUAUCAGUACUCAGUGGGUGCUCUCUGUUGCACACUGCUGGUACAAUCCAUAUUCGAUGCAGAUCUUCCUGGGAGAACAUGAUGUACGUGUAUUUGAGGGAACAGAGCAACUCAUGAAGACUGAUACCAUCAUCUGGCACCCAAACUAUGACUACCAGACUCUGGACUAUGACAUCAUGCUGAUCAAGCUCUUCCAUCCAGUGGAGGUGACUGAGGCAGUUGCACCCAUCUCACUACCCACCGGCUGUCCAAUGGGAGGCCUCCCCUGCUCCGUGUCUGGAUGGGGGAACACUGCUAAAGAUGGUGAAGAAGUAAACAUGCCCACCCGUCUGCAGUGCUUGGAUGUACCCAUAGUGGAUGAUGAGGACUGUGAAAACGCCUAUCCAGGCAUGAUCACGCGCAGGAUGGUGUGUGCCGGUUACAUGGAUGGAGGCAGAGACGCAUGCAAUGGUGACUCUGGCAGCCCUCUGGUGUGUGUUGGAGAAGUGCAUGGCCUGGUGUCAUGGGGUCAAGGCUGCGCUCAGCCCAACUACCCUGGAGUUUAUGUUAAAGUAUGCGAGUUCCUCUACUGGAUUGAAGACACUCUUGCAGCCAAUCCUUAAAAAAUACAUAAAUCCUUCUCUCUUCCCAAC